UCUCGGGCUCGGCGCUCGAUUGGCGCUGCCUUUCCCGGCUCCACGUGGGUUUGGCAGCCAUGGAGGGUUCUGCUAUGGCGGAAGCGGGAGGCCUCUCCGCUGUGCCGGCCCCAGCCCGCAAGGCCCGGCGUCAAGUCGCUCACCAGAUCCCCCAAGAGAUCCUAUCAAACCCAGAACUCCAGGCAGCUGUGGGAGCCCUGCCUUCGAACUACAACUUUGAGAUCUACAAGACGGUGUGGCGCAUCCGGCAGGCCGGGGCUAAACGGGUGGCGCUGCAGAUGCCUGAAGGCCUCCUCUUGUUCGCUUGCACCCUGGCCGACAUCAUUGAGAGGUUCACCGGAGCAGAAGCUGUCGUGAUGGGCGAUGUGACCUACGGCGCCUGUUGCGUGGAUGACUUCACGGCCCGGGCCCUGGGAGCUGACUUCCUGGUGCACUACGGCCACAGCUGCCUGAUCCCCAUCGAUCCCACGUCGGGCGUGAAGAUGCUGUACGUCUUUGUCGACAUCAAGAUCGACACCGCUCAUUUCGUGGAGACACUGAAGUUCAACUUCCCCGCGGGGUCCAAACUGGUGCUGGUCAGCACGGUUCAGUUUGUGUCUGCCCUUCAGGCAGCCACUCGGGAACUUUCAAAGGAUUAUACUGUCAGCGCCCCACAAUGCAAGCCUCUCUCACCUGGGGAGAUCUUGGGGUGUACGUCCCCCCAGCUGGCAAAGGAUACAGAUGCCAUUGUGUAUCUUGGGGAUGGCCGCUUCCACCUGGAGUCCAUCAUGAUUGCCAAUCCGGGAAUUCCUGCGUACAGGUAUGAUCCCUACAGCAAGGUCUUCUCGCAAGAGCACUACGAUCACGAACGCAUGCAGGAUUCGCGCAAGGAAGCUAUCCGCAAAGCAUCCCGGGCCUCCAAGUGGGGGCUUAUCCUGGGGACAUUGGGGCGCCAGGGGUCCCCGGCCAUUCUACAGCACUUGGAGUCCCGUCUUCAAGCCUUGAAGCUCCCCUUCGUUCGGCUUCUGCUCUCAGAGAUCUUCCCAGGCAAACUGCAGCUCUUUCCCGAUGUCGAGGCGUGGGUGCAGGUGGCAUGCCCCCGACUCUCCAUCGACUGGGGAGAGGCCUUCGACAAACCUCUGCUCACACCCUACGAGGCUGCUGUGGCUCUGCGGCAGGUUGCUUGGCAGGAGACCUACCCCAUGGAUUUCUACGCCAGCCAGUCCUUGGGACCCUGGACGGCAAACCACAGCUCCCACCGCUCCCAACAGAAGAGAACGGUCCAAGAGGUGAAGCUGGCGGAACCCAUGCUGCCUGUGAAAACAAGUGGAGGCUGCCAAGAAAAGGAGGAACCACCAUUGCAACCACAGCAGCCUUGAAGCGCCCCUGAAGCACGGCGAAGCCCACAGCUGUCAAGCAGGGAGGAUGAACAACAGCGUCACACCCUGAAGAGCAGCAGGUUGUGAACUUUGGGAGGCGAGAGCCAGGGAGCUCCUGGGGUUCCCUGGCAAACUGGGGGACAGCAGCUGCUGGCUUUUGUGCCUCUCGCCCCCUCCAUCAUGCUGUGAAGGACUGGAACCCAGCUCAGUCAGGCAGCGAAGGAGGAAAGGAAGUUCUCCUGUUCCUAUCCCAUGCAGGCAGAGUUGUCGAGCGGGAUGUGGGGAGAGAUGCCAAGGUGGGGGCACUUGUAAAGUGGGGGUGGGCGAUUGAACUGCAGGUUGCGAGCCAAACUUUCCCACUGCUUGUGGCUUAGAAGCCAGACGCUCCAAGCCUGCUUUUCAGAGUCCUCGGAAGGGACAGAAACCAAAGAGUGGGUAGGCAGAGAUGGCCCUCUUGACGCACUGCAGCCUCCAAGACUAGAUUUGGCAGAGGCUCAUGGCCAGUGUCUCCCCCCACCCCCAUACACACCUUUAUUUGUCUUAGCCGUAAAAGCCACUCUUCCUGUGGAGGGGCCACUGGCAUCUCACAGUUGGUCUCCCCUACUACAACCACCUGACUUAGAUGGGUCUCCUUUUCCUCCUGGUCUAAACAGUGAAAUGAAUCUUCUCUGGCACCACUGGGGCCAGCUGGGUCAAAGGGCUCAGUGGAGGAAAGGACAGGAAGUGGGUCAUUGAGGAGAACAGGACAGGCAUUCCCCUGGAAGCAAAGCCAAACUUUUUCUGAUGAUUAGGACUGGCCAGGAAGUAAGCGGACAAUACAAGUUUCUACCAGGGAAUGCCCUUCAAAGACUCUGAAGCCAGCAUAAUUAAGGCUGAUUCCGCACUAAACGUGCUCCACGCAAGGCUUCCGUUUCUCUCCAGAGCAAGCUAGCGAUUUUGCACGAGUUGCUCCGUGUCGCCAUUUUGCGCAGGGGAAAACCUGCGAUUUGCCAUGCCACAGUGUAAACCUGCAAAAACAGGUUUAUGCUGAGACAUGGCAAAUUGUGGGUUUUCCCCGCGCAAAAUGGUGGCGUGGAGCAACCGGUGCAAAAUUGCUAGCUUGCUCCAGAGAGAAACGGAAGCCUGGCUUGGAGGCAAGGUUAGUGCAGAAUCAGCCUAACUUUGGUCAUGGUAAGACAUUUAAAGGGGUGGGGGUGAAGGUGUUAAAAUAGCAUAUACGAUAUUUCUUUCCCACCUCAGUACAUUUUUAUGAAGAACAGAAUUUGUAUAACUUAUAAUAAAAGUAACUGCUUGUA